AUGGAGACACAAUCACCGCAGAGGCCAUGGCUUCACGACUUCCGCUCCUCAGAGACCUUUAUCGUUGUGGUGGUCUCGAUUGCAAUUUUCACGGAUGUCUUUAUCUACGGGAUGAUCGUCCCAAUCAUCCCAAUCGCACUGGUUGACCGAGCCGGUGCCCGCCCAGAAGAUGCACAGUCCUGGGUCUCCGUGUUUCUCGCCGUCUAUGGCGCAACUCUCCUCAUCGGGUCCCCUCUUUUCGGGUACUUCGCAGACCGGUCCGGAUUGCGCCGGCUGCCAUUCGUGAUCGGACUCAUCGCGCUAGGCGCUUCGACAGCUCUGUUUGUGGUGGCAAGGUCGCUGGCGCUGCUCGUCGUCGCCCGCGCCCUACAAGGCCUGUCGGCGGCGGCAGUGUGGGUCGUGGGACUGGCAAUUCUGGCGGACAAUGUCCCACCAGAACGGGUGAGCGAGGCCAUGGGACACACCACUAUCGCGCUGACCUGGGGGUUUUUGCUGGGCCCGACCAUUGGAGGCGUGAUGUAUGAGCGGUUGGGGUUUCAUGGGACCUUUGCGAUUCCGGCAGGGCUGAUUGUCGUGGAUGUCGUGCUACGUUUUGCAAUGAUCGAGGCGCCAGCCGCCCACCGUCAUGAUAAGUCUAGCUUAUUCUCUACUGGUGGCGAUGCGCGAAGUAAUCCUUACGGCACGUUCUCGAGAGACGACGCGAGCUCGGGGUAUUCUGCUGCUGUGCAACAUCUUGUCGAUGAAGGGGGACCUCUUUUGAGAUCGAACAGCCCUUGCGUGGAACAGGCGGCCCCAGAGAACCGUGAGCGGCGUGCGACUGUUCUUGAUCUUUUGCGAUCGCCUCGGCUGCCCCUUGCCUUACUUGCAACUAUUGUCAUAGCUGUUAUGUUUUCAGCACUAGAGACGGUUCUCCCACUGUACGUCAUGGACAAAUUUCACUGGUCGUCCAGUGGUGCCGGUCUAAUCUUCGUGGCAUCAUCCGUCCCAAGUUUUGCGGGUGUGUAUGCCGGGAAAUUAAUCAAUCGAGUCGGUGCCCGCGUCCCAGGCGCAGUUGCAUUUACAGUGGCCGCCGUUGCUUGGAUCCUGCUACGACUUGUCCAACACAACACCAAGACCGACAUCACGCUCUUGAUCACGCUCAUGUUUAUCCAGGGUCUCGCUACCGUGGUCAUUGAAGUAGUCUCCAUGACGGAGGUAUCUCAGGCAGUCGGCGACUACGAAGCCCAGUAUCCCGGUGCCUUUGGUAAGGAAAGCCCUGUUGGCCAGGCUUAUGCACUUUUCAAUAUGGCUUUUGCGGCGGGCCAGCUCUUGGGGCCUAUCCUGGCCGGGGGUAUGCGCAUACACACUGGAUGGAGUGGAAUGACACUGGUUCUGGGGAUUCUGUGUGGCAUGACGGCGGUUCUUUUUGGACUGUUUGGAGCUUCACCAAUCAAACGCGGUCGCCGUGAUGAAGGGCAAAAUGCAUGA